GCCAGCGGGAGGAAGGGAGGAGGGAGGAGGGAAAGAGGAGGAGGGGGGAAUUGAGCACCGGAUCGCGCAUUUUCUUUGCAGGGGAAAAGACUCCAGGUCAUCUAAACAGAAUGGCAGAAACACAAGGAUUACUGGAAAGGCUGGAGAAAGCUGUAAUCCGCCUAGAAUCAUUGUUUUCAGGGACAUCUGGAUCUCAUGGGGAAUGUGGAACAGUUAAUGGAGUCAAUGGAGGUGUUGCACCCUCAGUGGAAGCUUUUGACAAAUUGAUGAAUGGCAUGGUUGCUGAGUUUCUGAGGAACAGUAAGAUCCUUGCUGGGGAUGUGGAAGCUCAUGCAGAGAUGGUGCACAGUGCCUUCCAAGCACAAAGAGCUUUCCUCUUGUUAGCAUCUCAAUACCAACAGCCCCAAGAGAAUGAUGUGGCUGCACUUCUCAAACCAAUAUCAGAAAAGAUUCAGGAAAUACAGACUUUCAGAGAGAGAAAUCGGGGAAGUCAAAUGUUUAAUCAUCUUUCAGCUGUGAGUGAAAGCAUCCCUGCACUGGGGUGGAUAGCAGUGUCCCCCAAACCCGGUCCUUAUGUCAAGGAGAUGAAUGAUGCUGCUACAUUUUAUACUAACAGGGUCUUAAAGGACUACAAACACAGUGACUUACGCCAUGUGGAUUGGGUAAAGUCCUACCUGAACAUCUGGACUGAGCUUCAAGCAUACAUCAAGGAACAUCAUACUACAGGCCUUUCUUGGAGUAAAACUGGUCCAGUAGCAUCCCCUUCAUCAGUACUGCCUGUCCUUUCCAGUGGGCAGGGUGUACCCCCACCCCCUCCUCCACCUCCAGGACCACCUCCAAUCUUUGAUAAUGAAGAUAGAAGAGAAGAGUCCUCACCAUCACGCUCUGCUUUGUUUGCUCAGCUUAAUCAGGGGGAGGCAAUUACUAAAGGACUCCGGCAUGUGUCUGAUGAUCAGAAGACACAUAAGAAUCCCAAGCUGAGGGCUCAAGGAGGACAAAUUCAUUCCCCUACUAAAAACCAUACUCCAAGUUCCAUCUCUCCCCAAUCCCCUUUGCAACAGAAUCAUCCUCCCGUGUUAGAGCUGGAAGGAAAGAAAUGGAGAGUAGAAUAUCAAGAAAAUAGCAAUGACCUUGUGAUUUCAGACACUGAACUGAAGCAAGUGGCAUACAUUUUCAAAUGUAACAAAUCAACACUACAAAUUAAAGGAAAAAUAAAUUCCAUUACAAUCGACAAUUGCAAGAAGUUUGGUCUUGUGUUUGAUAAUGUUGUGGGCAUUGUAGAAGUAAUCAAUUCCAAGGACAUUCAAAUUCAGGUUAUGGGGAGAGUGCCAACAAUUUCAAUUAAUAAGACAGAAGGCUGCCACAUAUACCUCAGUGAAGAAGCUUUAGACUGUGAGAUUGUGAGUGCCAAGUCAUCUGAAAUGAACAUACUUAUUCCACAGGAUGGUGAUUACAAAGAAUUUCCUGUUCCUGAACAGUUCAAGACAGCAUGGGAUGGAUCUAAGUUGGUCACUGAACCUGCAGAAAUUGUGGGAUAAUCACCUUUGGAAACAUAGAACCCUGUGACUUUAAUACUGACAGGUCACCUAAAUAAAGAAUAGUAGCAUCAAAAGACUAGAAGUAGCAACAGCCAAGACUGUUGUAGUUUGGGCCAUCAAGCAAUUUCUCUGUACUUUAGGAACAGGGAUACUUCCAGCAUGCUUUAUUAGGCAUAUUGAAAUCUUUGAAACCUACACACAAUCUGUAUUCAUUUAUACUUUUGAUCCUAAAAGAUG